CCUCCUCCUCCUCCCCCUCCUCCCCUCUCGUGCAGUGCCCCGGUGUCCAUGCAAGCAGCAGCCACGUCACCCGCUCGCAGGGAGUCAGACGGGCACCCUCUGCCAGCCGCACACCGGGCACCCAGCACGGCGCGGUUUUAGUUGCUCAGAAAAGAUGAAUGUCUUCAGGAUUUUAGGAGAUGUGUCCCAUUUACUGGCGAUGAUCAUCCUGCUGAUGAAAAUGUGGAAGAGCAAGUCCUGCGCUGGUAUAUCAGGGAAAAGUCAGCUACUGUUUGCUCUGGUAUUUACCUCGCGCUACUUGGACUUGCUGACCACAUACAUAUCUCUCUAUAACACAGUGAUGAAGAUCAUAUUCCUACUUUGUGCAUAUAUCACAAUUUAUAUGAUCUACAUAAGGCUUCGGAAGACAUACGACAGUGAGAACGAUACAUUCCGACUGGAGUUUCUCUUGGUGCCUGUUAUUGGGCUCUCCUUCCUGGAAAACUAUGAAUUUACACCUUUAGAGAUACUCUGGACUUUUUCGAUUUACCUGGAGUCUGUAGCCAUUCUGCCGCAGCUCUUCAUGAUCAGUAAGACGGGGGAAGCUGAGUCUAUCACCACCCACUACCUCUUCUUCUUGGGCUUAUAUCGUAUGCUUUACUUGGCCAACUGGAUCUGGCGCUACCACACAGAGAAGUUCUAUGACCAGAUAGCGGUGGUCUCUGGAGUGGUGCAGACCAUCUUCUACUUUGACUUCUUCUACCUCUACAUCACUAAAGUUCUUCGUGGCAAGAAGCUCAGCCUCCCUAUGCCAGUUUAACACCGGGACUCCGGGACCCAAGCCUAAUGACAUUGAAGAAGCUUAUGGACUAUGCAAAGGACAGCGUCACUCUGAGUUCACUUUUUGUGCCCUAUUAACGCCUAGCACAACUGGGUGAUGACAGUAUACUUGGUUUUAUAUUUUCACCUCUUUCCUGAAAAUAAAGUAUAUUUGGGAUACACACUUGUAAAUAUCUUUGUACAAAUAAAUGAAGCAAUGCUUCUCCAUGGAAAAACA